CUACUUUGUCAAUUUCGUAUCGGUCAUGGUUUAGUUUGGCGACUACCCGGUACGGUCCUAAAUACUUCGGUCAUAAUUUCGUAGCCACCCCAAACUGAGUUUUCUUAAUAGCUACCAAAUCUCCUAUGUUGUAUUCACGGCUUUCUUUUCUUUUUUGAUUAAAUGUCUUACAGUUUUCUUUUUGUAUUUUCUCUAUAUUUUCAUGAGCACUCUUUCUUAAUGACUCACGUUCUAAAUUCAAUUCCUCUAUUUCGAGAUCUUUUAAAAUUUCAUGUAAGUCUGAAUAAUCUACUACUCGCAUGUUUAGUCCUGUAAGAAUUCUAAAAGGUGACAUUUUCGUACUGCGUGGUCCAGUGUUAUUUAAAAUCUGUUGUACUUUUGCGACGUGGUUGUACAACUGGGUUGGGUUACUUUGACAUUUCUUAGAUAGCAUUGGAACAACGGUUCUGUGAAUGCGUUCUACCUGUCCGUUGCCUCGCGGAACACCGGUUGCAAUCAACAGGUGUUGUGUGCCCUCCUUUGUGCAGUAUUCGUUAAACGCUUUUGACGUAAAAGCCGCUCCUCUGUCCGUUAUAAUCCGUUUCGGGUUGCCGAAAACUGAGGAUUGUUUCACUAAUUUAUUGAUAACCUCUUCCACCCCGGUUGAUUUCGUUGGGUACAACCAAACGAAUUUCGAAAAUGCGUCUAUUAUGACUAAAAUAUGAUUAUACUUUUUCCGUGUUUCGGUUAAUGGACCCACAUGGUCAAUAUGAUAGGUAUGGGGAAUGUUGGGCAGGUGGGGAAUCCCGAACCAGCGCGAUAUUUUUUUCCCUAGUAUAGGUUGACAGCUGCAACCAACUGUCAUCGGCUCGUCUCAUACUAAGCUCAGUUUCUAGAUAUAUAGCACUCGAGCUGUGAACACGUGUUAUAACCUCUCUGCGACAACAAAAAGAAAUUCGACACUCCGAAAGUUUUUUUUCAACUCUGUGUACAGUUGAUUUUUUUCACAUUUUCCAAUAAAUUCAUCCAGGUAAAUAUGUUUAUAAUAUUAGUUGAGCCUUUAGCCUUCGACACACAAAAGAAUUUACAUUGGGUUCAUUAUCCACCGCCAAUUUGCAAAUAUGAGCGUUUGGGGAAUCUCGAGCCAUUAUUACGGGGAAUGUCGGGCCACAUAGUUUUUUACAUUUGACAUGCUAACUUCAUAUAUUUGACGUGUAUAAAUGAUUUUUCGUGCAGAAUUUCAACAACACAAUAGUUUUUCAACAUUUCCUGAUAGUUUCGUGCUCCGAAAAAAUUUUUUUAGUCAUUAUGCCGCGGUACUAUCCCAAACAAGAGAAAAUUGUUGAUUUCGACAACAUUUUGGAGGCGAUCAAGUCGGUGAAAAUACAUCACAACAGCGUUCGACAAUCUGCGACGGCACACAAAAUUCCGAGGACCAACCUGAUGCGUUAUAUUGCAGCAUUUGAUGGUGCGAGCAUCGACGUUACUACUGCCAAUGCCGAUGUAAUGAAGAAUUUGCUGGCUGAAAGCACGACGAUGGGCACAAAAACAAUCUUCAACAUCGAACAAGAGAAGGCGCUGAUAAGCUACAUUCUCCAGGCCAGCGACAUCAACUAUGGAAUUAGUUUGAUGGCUUCGUAAGCUCGCGUAUGAAUCUGCUCGGAAAGUUGGCGCGUCGUAUCCGGAUCCAUGGAACGACAAUCAACAGGCGAGUAAGGAUUGGCAGUUGGCGUUCAUGAAACGCCACAAAAAUUUGUCACUGCGAACACCAGAGCAAGUAAGCCAGAGCCGUGCGAGUUCUUGCCUCUGGUGAUGCCAUUGUGACUGCUGCGAAUGAGGAGGUGUCAACGUCGGAGGCAUCGACAAGUGCCCGGCUUCAACAAGUGGUGCUGCAUCAUCGUCGUUGUCUCUUGUUUCGGCUCCACAGCUUCGUGAUGCAUUGAAAUCGGUUGGCCCGUUGAAAUUGGGCACACCUGGGCCGAAAUCAAAACGUGGCCGCAAGACAAUGGAGUCAACGAUUUUGACAUUGCCUGAGGUUGUCGCAGAUCUGCGUGACAAGGCCGAAAAAAAGCGGCAAAAAUUGACGAAGGCAGCCGAUGAACCAGCAGCCAAGAAGCAAAAAGGCCGUGGCAAAUCGAAGACGCCACGGAAGAGAAGCCCGUCUCCGACCGAAACCGACAUCGAAGAGGACUUCGAUUUUUGCACGAUUUGCAAGAAAAAGAUGCCGAAGCACGAGAAUCGUCAAAACACGGCAUCAUCAUCAUCAUCGUUUGUGAUCGAGGGGUUCACUUGAAAUGUGCCGGACCGAACCCGAACACUUACACCUGCAUCCACUGCGAGUCGGAAUAAUUUUUUUCGCCAAUUCCUAUUUUUCUUAUUAUUUAUGAAUCUCUCUUUCAUUUCCAUUGAUAAAUAAACGUUUUUCAUCGGUAACAAUCAUGUUUUAAUCGAUUUACAGACCCGACAUUCCCCACCUUUUUUCAAAAUCGCAAAAUCAGUUUUUUUGCGCCAAUGGCUAUAACUUUUAAAUUUUUGUAGAAUUUUAUCAAACCAAUGUUAUCAAAAGGAAGGUUACGACUCGCACUACAAAUACAUGCUUUGGAAUUUUCACAAAAAAUAA